CGGGCGGCGGCGCUGGUGCUGCUGGCGGCGGCGCUGAGCGGCCCCGGGGCCGGGGCGCGGAGCUGCCCCGCGCUCAGCCUGGGCUGCAAGUGCUCGGCCGAGCGGGCCAAGGCGGGCGGCGGCCCCGGCGCGCCCCGGAGGAGGGUGGUCUGCAGCGGCGGGGGGCUCCCCGCGCCGCCCGAGCCGCGACUGCUGCCCGACGGCACCGUCACGCUGCUGCUGAGCAACAACAAGAUCACGGUGCUGGAGAAUGGCUCUUUCUUCGGGCUGCGGGCUCUGGAGAAGCUGGACCUGAAGAACAACCUGAUCAGCACAGUCCAGCCGGGCGCCUUCCUCGGCCUCCCCGAGCUGAAGCGGCUGGAUCUCUCCAACAACCGCAUCGGCUGCUUGAGCGCCAGCGUCUUCCAGGGGCUCCCCAACCUCCUCCGGCUGAACAUGUCCGGGAACAUCUUCUCCAGCCUCCCGCCCGGCGUCUUCGACGAGCUCCCCUCCCUGAAAGUCGUGGACUUCGCCACCGAGUACCUGACGUGCGACUGCAACCUGCGCUGGGUGCUGCCCUGGGCCCGCGACCGCUCGGCGCAGAUCUCGGAGCGGACGGCGUGCGCGUUCCCCCGGCAGCUGCGCGGCGUGGCCCUGCGCGGGGCGCGGGACGGGCAGCUCCGCUGCGCGGGCGCCCCGGAGCUGCACACCCACCACCUCAUCCCGUCGCUGCGCCAGGUGGUUUUCCAGGGCGACCGGCUGCCCUUCCAGUGCACGGCCACGUACCUGGACAACAGCACCCAGAUCCGGUGGUUCCACAACCGCGAGCCCGUGGAGGAGGACGAGCGGACGGGCGUCAUCGUGGAGGAGAGUCUCAUCCAUGACUGCACCUUCAUCACCAGCGAGCUCAUCCUCUCCAACAUCCACGUCUCCGCCAACGGCGAGUGGGAAUGCGCUGUCUCCACCUCCCAGGGCAACGUCAGCAAGAAGGUGGAGAUCGUGGUGCUGGAGACCUCCGCGUCCUACUGCCCUGCCGAGCGGGUCACCAACAACCGCGGGGACUUCAGGUGGCCCCGCACCCUGGCGGGUAUCACGGCCUACCAGCCCUGCCUGCAGCACCCGUUCGCCGCGGGGCCGGCGGGCGCGGGCGCGGCGGGCGAGAAGCAGGCGUGGAGACGCUGCGACCGCGCCGGGCGCUGGGAGGACGGCGACUACUCCCACUGCCUCUACACCAACGACAUCACCCGCGUGCUCUACACCUUCGUGCUGAUGCCCAUCAACGCCUCCAACGCCCUGACCCUGGCGCACCAGCUCCGCGUCUACACGGCCGAGGCAGCCAACUUCUCCGACAUGGUGGAUGUCCUCUACGUGGCCCAGAUGAUAGAGAAGUUUAUCGGCUACGUGGACCAGAUCAAGCAGCUGACGGACGUGAUCGUGGAGAUGGCCAGCAACAUCAUGCUGGUGGACGACCACAUCCUGUGGAUGUCGCAGAAGGAGGAGAAGGCCUGCACCAGCAUCGUCCGCUCCCUGGAGAGGAUCGCGGCCCACACGCUGGGCAGCAACUCCCAGCACAUGGCGGUGAACUCCCGCAACAUCGCCUUCGAGGCGUACGUGGUGAAGCCCGAGAGCUACGUGGGGCUGAGCUGUGUGGCGUUCCAGCGGCGGGACGGGGCUGCACUGGGACGUGUCCCCCCGGCCGAGCGGGGGGCCGAGCCCGUGCCCGACCAGCAGCUCCGGCUGCGCUGCACCACGGGGCGCCCCAACGUCUCCCUGACCAGCUUCCACAUCAAGAACAGCAUCGCCCUGGCCUCCAUCCAGCUGCCCCCCAGCCUGUUUGCCAGCCCGGCCUCGCCCGCGCCGGGGACUGACUGCAAGCUCCAGCUGCUGGUCUUCCGCAACGGGAAACUCUUCUGCAGCACCGGGAACUCCUCCCGGCUGGCCGACGACGGCAAACGCCGCAGCGUGGCCACCCCGGUCAUCUACGCAGGGACCUACGGCUGCGGAGUGGGAAACCUGUCGGAGCCGGUGGCCGUAUCCCUGCGGCACCCCGGGGAGGGCGCGGACCCCGUGGCCGCGUACUGGAACUUCGAGGUGCUGGGGGGCAUGGGGGGCUGGAGCGCCGAGGGGUGCCAGCUGGCUGCCCGUGAGCCCAACGUCACCUCCCUGCACUGCCGGCACCUCAGCAAUGUGGCCGUGCUCAUGGAGCUGAGCGGGUUCCCCAGCGAGGCGCGAGGCGCCGGGGAGGUGCUGCACCCGGCCAUGUACACCUGCACAGCCGUGCUGCUGCUCUGCCUCUUCACCACCAUCAUCACCUACAUCGUCCACCACGGCACCAUCCUCAUCCCGCGGAAGGGCUGGCACAUGCUGCUCAACCUCUGCUUCCACAUCGCCAUGACGGCCGCCGUGUUCGCGGGAGGCAUCACCCUCACCGGGUACCGGAUCGUGUGCCAGGCGGUCGGCAUCAUCUUGCACUAUUCCUCCCUCUCCACCCUGCUCUGGAUGGCGGUGAAAGCCCGAGUGCUCUACAAGGAGGUGACCUGGAAGGCGCCGCGGCAGCCGGACGGGGACGCGUCCCAGGCAGCCCCCAGACCCAUGCUGAGGUUCUACCUGAUCGCCGGCGGGAUCCCCCUCAUCAUCUGCGGGAUCACGGCAGCCGUCAACAUCCACAACUACCAUGACAACAACCCCUACUGCUGGCUGGUGUGGCGGCCCAGCCUGGGAGCUUUCUACGUCCCCGUGGCUUUCAUCCUGCUCGUCACCUGGAUUUACUUCCUCUGCGCCGGGCUCAGCCUCCAGUGCCGACCCUUACGCCGGAAAGACAUCCCGGAGCCACUGGAGCCACCGCCACGGCUGGGGGGCACCGGUGACCUCCUGACAGACUCUGGGUCCAUCUCGGUGACACUGAACUCGGGGCCACCCUGCCCCGAGGGGGACGGUGUCUACUCCCUGCGGGUGCAGUUCUGGGCGCUGGUGACCACCCACGCCUUGUACGUGGCGCUGUGGACGUUCGGCGCCAUGGCCGUGUCCCAGCGCUGGUACCUGAACAUUGUCUUCAGCUGCCUCUACGGCGUCACCGCCGUGGCGCUGGGGCUCUUCAUCUUCGUCCAUCACUGCCUGCGGCGCCGGGACGUGCUCAGCUCCUGGUUCUCCUGCUGCCCGUCGUACCGGAACGCGCUGCCCAUGCAGGCCUACGUCCACCCCGGGCUGGGGCCGGAGGACGGCUCGCAGGUCUUCAUCGGCUGCGACCCGGAGGCAGCUCGUUCCGGUGCCUCCUCAUCCUCCUCGCCCAGCAGUGCCGGCUCGGCCGGGGGCCGCUGCAAGCUCACCAACCUGCAGGUCGCCCAGAGCCAGGCGGACGCCCGCCCGGCCGCCUGCCUGGAGCCGGAUGCCGCCGACGGGAAGCCCACGAGGCACGCCAGCAACCUCCACGGCCGCAGGAGCCACCGGGGCAGAACUAAGCCGUGCCGGGACGGGAAGCACCACCGCUUGAAAAUGCUGCGGGGCCCCUCGGAGCACCCGUCCAGCGAGAGCGGGAGCCUCCACAACAGCCACUCCGAGAGCUACCCCAGCGGCAGGACCAGCCCGGCCAGCGGCGGCCGCGCGGGGCCGCGGGGGCCCCAGGACGGGGAGGCGGCCGCCAGCCCCUCGGAGGGCAGCGACGGCGGGCGGCGGGCGCCCGACUUCGCCGAGGGUCGCCGGAGGAGCGCCAGCCGGGACAGCCUGAGGCCGGGCGGUGCCGCUGAGAGGGAGGCCAAGCGCCGCUCCUACCCCCUGAACGUGGGCAGCCACAACGGCGGCCUCAAGGGCAGCAAGUACGACAUCAACCUGGCCAGCGCCGACGGCGUGGCCGGCAUGAAGACCGGCCUCUGGAAGAGCGAGACCACCGUGUGA